AAAAUAUCGCAUGCCCCUUAAAACUGCAUUGUCAAGAGAAGAAUUCGGAGGAAAAUGUUAAAGUUUCUAAGUUUAGUCAGUGCUCUAGUUGUAGUUGAAAGCAGCUAUUUAGGUAACGUCGGACUAGGCACUUCAUACACAUCAGGAUACGGUGUCGGUCUAAACAAUGGAGCAGCUUAUGGAAUUGGAAACGCUGGACUCAACUCUUAUGGAUCAAUUUCCAGUGGGUCUAAUAAUUUGGGAGGAGCGGGCAUAGCAGGAAAUGCUGUAGUGAGUGUAUCAACAAUCCCUGCAGGACACGCCCAAGCAAUACCAACAGCUUUCAGUACUCAGUCCAGAUUUGAUAUUAUCCAUCCUGGAUCUUUAAUACAACAAACUGUCUCCCAAGUGCCUGUCGUUUCGACCCAAAUUAGACCUGUGGCAGUCGCUGUAGACCAUGGACAUGGAGCCCAUCACUGAAUGAUAAUGAACUCAUUAUUGUGAUAUAAGACAAAUAUACAGGGUAGUUAUAAGGGCACUCAAACUGUAGGCUUUUUUCUUCAACUCUUAAUAUAUUUUUGCAAUUUGAUU